UAAUUAUUACUCGUCUUUGUUAAUUUCAAAUUUUUAAUGUUAUAAAAAACCAAAAAUAAAACUUUGAAAAAUUCAACAGAUGGGCAGCUAGAAUCUCAUUUAUUAGUAAUGGCGGCUAAACCACGCUUCAGUCCAGUCACUCAUGUCAUCUUCGAUAAUGAUGGAACCUUAAUGGAUAGCGAGAAUAUUUUUGCAAGUGCCAUGAAUAAUAUUCUGGAAAAGUUUGGGUAUACCUAUACCUAUGAAAUGAAAUUAAAAUAUAUGGGCAAACCGGGUACAGAGAUUGCCAAAUCUUUGAUUAAGCAACUUGACUUGCCCAUAUCAAAAAAGGACUUUAUGAAACUGUUGGCGGUCAUUAUAAAGACAAGUGCCCAGAAUGUUAAACUAAUGCCUGGAGUCAGAGAUCUUCUACUCCAUUUGCAUGAGUAUAGGAUUAAUAUGGCUAUAGCCACAAGUUCAUCGAAGGCCACCUUUGACAUCAAAGCUAAGCCGCAUUGUCGACUAAUGCCUGUCUUCCAUCAUGUUGUUUGUGGUGAUGAUCCGGAACUGAUGCGUGGUCGGGGUAAACCUAAACCGGAUAUAUUCUUUCUAGCCGCUUCACGCUUUAAUCCACCGCCUCGACCCGAGAAUUGUUUGGUAUUCGAAGACUCACCAAAUGGCCUUCAGGCGGGUGUAGCUGCAGGCAUGCAAGUAGUCAUGAUACCCGAUCCCCGAGUGCCAUAUAAACUAAGAAAAGGAGCCACCCAAGUGUUGGACUCCAUGGCUGACUUCGAUCCAGAGGAUUUUGGUCUGCCCGCUUAUGAUUGUUGUUCGAAAUUCGAAUUCGGCUAACAUUUGUUUUAACCUAGAAUAUAUUAAAUAUAUGUCUAUCUUUUUUUUUAAA